UUCUCCCAUUCCAGAAAUGAUUGUCUGCCCAUUCCCUGGGUCCAAGCCAACACGGAAUGUAGGGUCCUCUCUUUGGAAGCGGUUCAAAGCUUUCGAAAAUUGCUCUCCAGAAUCUUUUGAGACAGGUUGUACAGCUAAAGACAUCGCAGGUUUAGGUUGCAGUUUUGGGUUUAUGUUAUACACGUUUGGAUUUGGCUUGCAGCAGGUCAGAGUAUGGUGCUGGAGGAUACCCCUGCGGUUCCUAAACGGUCUGUGGAAGCAUAAUGCAGGGAAGGGCAUGGGCGACUGUCAUGACAGGAUGAUGUGUAUUCUUUGUUGUUUUUUAGAAAAUUAUUUCUUCCAUUUGGCUUGGCUGUAA